UCGUACACAUAAAUUGGGGUCUGGCCUUCGGCAAUCCUUAAGGCCUAUCGCAUAAACCACUACAAGCCUUGACGUUAGGCUAUUUUCCUACAAACGCCGUUCCCGAAGCCGCUUCUCCAUGGCUCGGAAGAAGACGGCAAGCACAAUGGUCGCGGCAGCCCUGCGCAAAGUCUGCGAUGCACUGGAACAGGUUUUCACCAAAUUCUCUAUGGACACGUUCAAGGGCCUACGUGUUAAAUUGAGUGCCGCGAAUGGGCUGGAUGCGUACGAAUGGGGCUGGAUGAGCGAUCGUCGGCUUAUGCCACACCUCGAGCACUUGGUGAAGAACGCGUACGCUGUGGGGCAGCUGCAGGCACCUGCACCGCAGGUCCGAGUCACAGCUCGGAAACAGCAAGCGGACGACAUCCAGCGUCCCGAGGCGGAAUCCUACUUCGUAAGGAAUCUAGGGCGAUUGGCCUGGCAGGCAAGUUGGAGACGGCAUGGUGCUGGGGAGCUGUCAUUCCCGCUGUACUAUCUCCUGCAGAACACGUUCGGCACUGCGGCGCAGCUGCGAGCCACGAGGGAGGAACUGAUGCGGAGUUUUGAGGUGAAUAUGCAUGUAGUCGCUGCAUGCUUUCAACAUCACCAAUCAAGUUUUUGGGUGCGAGUGCAGGAAGGGAAGCAGGCAGCCAAGCGGGCAGGGGCACGCAGCAUGGCAGCUGAUUUGCUGGAUGGGAAUCUCAGUGAUGCAGAGGACCUUGAGGAGGAUGUGGUCGACGUGGGAGGCAGAAACGGGCAGGUCUGCCACAGAGCAGGUAAUGUAUGGUCUUGGCACAUUGGGCAUUGUUGCAUUGCUGACCGAUGGUACCCUUGUACAGGGACAUCGGCCGCGGCGGUCGACCAGCAGCAGCUGCAGUGUGCCUUUGAGCGUUUCAGGCAUGUCCGAAGUGAGGGCUGCACUAGUGGAGGUUGGUGUGAGGCUGAGCCGGACGGAGUUGGGUGCAGCACUCACACUCAAGACUGCAGGGUUAUCAUGGGGGCAGCCGACAUCGCAGCAGUACCUGCCCCCAAUCCCCAACUUUGCAACCCGAUGCAAGGGCCUAAGGACUAUAUCAGUCUUCAUCUUUAA